GGUGGUCAUUCCUCUUUGCAUCUCAUAGACGCGGACCUCGCACGCAGGUGCUUCGCUUGACUUGACAGUUGGCUUAGCGACCACUAAACCAGCUUCGCGUCAUCUUAUGGGAGCCAUCAGAAUCAUAUUGUCGAAGAGGUUGUUCUGCUUUGUACGUCUGUACGGGCAAAGUCUUCUCAGAUAAUUUCCAAGACGGUCUCGGGUAACCUUGGCUUCAUGGCGUACGAUCAGACACAGAGGCGCGACGAGGUGCCUUGGUCACAAGAAGACAGAGAGUAUAGGAGAAGAGCACCGUUCGCAUCAGCAGUUGUUUGCGAUAGUGGAGCGGAACAGGCAGGGAGGAUAACUUCUCCUGGAUCUGGAUCUGAAGAGUACAUUCAGCAGAGCUGGUCGUCAGUACCCACGUAUGUCCAGCCUCACGAGGCCUACUACCACAACAGCAGCUACCAACAACCUCUCUUGCCAGGACACAACAGCGCAUACCAAUAUCGUACUAGCACAGUAGCUGUCCCGCAGAAUGGUCCAGUGCCAACAUUUGGUUGUCCAACGCCGCAGCCCUAUGCAAAUUCGUAUCAAUACGAAAGUACUUAUUCAGCAGCCAGUUACCCAAUAGAUCCGGGGUACACUACCGUAGGACCGGCGCAUGUGUCCCUAUCGCCUUCGUCCCCUACGCCAAGCUACCAAAGCCCGCAAUAUUCUUAUGCUGCUCCAACGACGAACGUCUCCGCAUCACCUCCAGACGUCAGAUACUCCAUGCCACUGGUCCAGUCACUAGAGACAUCUCCGAUCGAUGGCGAGUAUAGCGUACCCUGUCCGUAUCGCUGUGGCACUGUCUUAACAGGUGUACACGCAUUAGGAAAUCUAACGCGUCACCUCAAGACUCAGGCUUGUGCAGGAUCCAGUCGGGCCAAAGUUCGAUAUCCAUGCCCCAUUGAAGGUUGUGAAAGGCAAUAUGCUCGAUCAGAUGGGCUAAGAGUCCAUAUGCGCAGACGACACGGUGCGCCUCCUCCCGUACCACGAACCGAUGGCAUCGUGGAUGAUGACGAACAAUAGGCGAGCUGUGGUAGCAACCAUCCCUAUCGCGGGUCAAAGCGGGCCGGUAGAACCGGCCCCGAGCAAGGACGAAUUGUUUGGUAUGCUCUGAGUUUCUCGUCGAUUGGCUCUCUCUUUCACGUCUCUUUCAAUCUUUUUCUAUAUCUCUUUUGUUCGAUGGCAAUACCUUAGAGUGGCAUUUCUCGAGUAGACAUCGACAUUCGUGUUGAGAAGA